CUAUUUUUAGCUCUCAACAACAAUGAAUAUCUUUGAAACCUAUUAUUCAGACUCGUUAAUUUUAACCGAAUCAUCUUCUUCUUCAUCGUCAUCGUCGUUUUCUGAAGAGGAAGUUAUUUUAGCUUCGAAUAACCCGAAAAAGCCAGCUGGCAGGAAGAAGUUUCGAGAAACACGGCAUCCGAUAUACAGGGGAAUCAGGAAGAGGAAUUCAGGAAAAUGGGUUUGUGAAGUCAGAGAACCAAAUAAGAAGACAAGGAUUUGGCUUGGUACUUUUCCUACGGCUGAAAUGGCGGCUAGAGCUCAUGACGUGGCGGCUUUAGCAUUAAGAGGCCGUUCUGCUUGUUUGAAUUUCUCUGAUUCUGCUUGGAGGCUGCCUAUCCCUGCUUCCUCCAACUCUAAAGAUAUUCAAAAGGCGGCCGCUCAGGCCGUCGAAAUCUUCCGAUCGGAAGAAGUUUCAGGAGAAUCUCCUGAAACGUCAGAAAAUGUGCAAGAGAGUAGUGACUUCGUGGAUGAGGAGGCGAUCUUUUUCAUGCCAGGAUUACUUGCAAAUAUGGCAGAAGGACUUAUGCUACCUCCACCUCAAUGUGCAGAAAUGGGAGAUCAUUGUGUGGAAACUGAUGCCUACAUGAUAACUUUAUGGAAUUAUUCUAUCUAAAAUAGUAGUACAAUUUAUCAAAUUACUAGGAUUUAGAAGAUUUUGUUAGUUUUUGGUAUUCAGUAUUUAGAUACUAAGAAUGUAUAUUAUUAGUAUUUUUAUUUUGGCCAAAUACAUGAACAUGAACAGAAACUUGUUGGGUUUUUUUACUCAGGUACCUCAACUACAUCAUUUUUCUAUUGAUUAUUGAACUACACAUAAUUUGUUUCUUUAAAA